UGACCGGUCGCGAUUCGGACGACGUGCGAAAGCGGUGGUGCGCGCGCGCGCUCCCUGCAACGAUACGGCAUACGUAAUAUGCCGAGUGUGUAGUCGGGAGAGGUGUGCUGGCGAAGGAGAAAACUCGAUCUUUAUCCAGGAUAUAGCUCGAAUCCCGUGGUAUUCAAGCGCGUGGUGGAGUCGCGUGCUCCAGGUGUUUCGUGUUCGAUAGUCAUCGUCGCGUUGUUAUACGUUUGGUAAAGUGUAACGAAACUUGCUGUAUAAUCGCGCGUGUAUCGCGGCUCGAAUCGGCAUCGUGAACGCGUGAAACUGUUGGUGUACGCGGUUCCUGUUGUCCGCGCGUCAUGACCCGUCCCGAGCUCUCGAGCUCGCGAGCGAAUGAUAGGCAACGCGAGCAGCACGGGCCAACAUCGCGAUUUCGAUGAUAUCCUCGAUCGUUUCGCUUGUUCCUCGCGAGAAGAAGGAAGCAGAGACGAAGCGGGAGGAGGUCGAGUUUCGUGACGUGUUCGGCGGAUAUCGAGAUCGCGCGUCUGACAUCGAGAUCGAUCGAGGAUCGGAUUAGAAGGGCGAACGACGGGCCAUCCGCAAGAGGCCGGGCGAAACUCGCCAACACCAUGGAUUGGUGGUUGCGGGGACGGAUUAUCUACACCUACUCGUUAUGGGUCGUGUUCAAGGCAGCAGCGGUGGGCGGUAUUUUCGAUUCCAUGGUGGGGGAGAUGGUCGUCGAGGCUGGGAAGAACGUGACGCUGAAUUGUCCCGGUGUGACGGAGAACUCUCUCAUACUGAUGCUCGAAUGGCGGGUUAACAGUAUGCAGUUGCUCGAGUACAGCAGCAACACCACCAUAGUGUGGAACCAUCAGAACAGGGUUUCGUUGUCGUUGAAGAACUACUCGCUUCAGUUUCAUCCGGUCACCGCGCAGGACACCGGCGAGUACACUUGCUUGGUGAACAGUCGCAGCAUGCCGGAAGCUGUCAUCAGUCUCAUAGUUCACGAUGUGCCUGAUCCACCGGACCGCCCUCUCAUAUCCAACUUCACCUCGAGAUCCGUGCGUCUAUCCUGGGUGGCGAGUCGUAAUUCUCAUAACAACCCGAUCUUGUACUACGUCAUCGAAACUCAGACCGGGGUGGGCGGAGCAUGGAACGCAACGGAGGAAAUCGUAACACCGAACAACGAUACAACUUACAACAUCGAGAAUUUGCAGCCGUUCACCGUCUACAGUUUUCGCGUGUCAGCGGUGAACGCCAUGGGAAGAAGCAAGCCGAGCGAAGAGACCUUCCACUCCGUCACUCUUCGAGAAUUGCCAUCAGGAAAACCUAUAAUUACCAGCGCUCAUAAUACAUCUGCCACGUCUAUAUAUUUGGCGUGGAAAGCGCCCAGCCCUGACACAAUUCACGGCGAAUUCCUUGGGUAUCGAAUCGGGUAUAAACCUCGAGACAAACCUUAUAUGGAAGAAAAAGAAGUAUAUAUACGUAAUCCAGCCAUUGACAAUCAUACAAUCCGCAAUCUGCAGACGUACACCCAAUACCUGGUGUCAUUACAGGUUUUCAACCCGGAAGGACAUGGUCCUGCAACCACCAUCUCUGUAAUGACCGACGAAGGAGUGCCAACGAAACCGUUAAACCUAUCGUCUCACGGCAUCACCUCCACCACCAUCGAGUUGUCCUGGGCCGAGCCUGACUACGCCAAUGGGAUCAUUUCCGGUUAUCGUAUUUACUACAUGCAUUCCAAUUACACCGACGUCCAAAUGUACAGAACGGACGAGUACGAUGGGCCAAUUAUCGAAUUCGUUUUAAAGGAAUUGGAGCCGUACACCGAGUACGAGAUAUGGGUAAAAGCUUACACGUGGAAGAACGAGGGCGAGCCUUCGGAGCACAUCAUUCGUCGGACAGAUAUUUCAGGGCCGAGCGCUCCGUUGAUCUUGAACGUCACUUGCCCGACCCACGACUCCGUCUACAUCCAAUGGGCCAGGCCGAACAUCUUCUGGGGCUCGAUCGACUACUACUUCAUCAAUUAUCGGAUCGAGAAUGACAAUCGUUACGAAGAGAUCGAAGUGAUGACGGAGAAGAAUCAUCUCGAGAGCGCGAUGAUCAUACCCAACCUGACGAUGAACAGCGUAUACGAGAUCGUGGUACGCGGAGGCACGCGGAGCGCUAUCGACAAUCGGCUGAUUAUACGCGGAGAAGGCUCUGCUCCACAGAAGGUGCGCGGCAUUCGCGAUUGCAACAGAGCACCACCGUUAUUGCCACAUACCACCAUAUGGUUCAGCAGCGGAGUGAUCGCCGGGAUGAUCUGCGCUUGUCUCGCGGUGAUGCUGAUCAUCACCUCCUUCGUACUGUGGAAGCCUUGCCUGAGGCCAAUUUUCAGGAAAUGCUUCCACACCGCGUACUACUUCCUCGAUUAUCCACCUCGCAACGUGCCCACGCUUCAGGAAUGGGAGAACAGCGAACAGGACGGCGAGCGUACCGCGGUCGCCAUUCAGAAGUUCGUGCAACACGUCGCGAGUCUGCACGCGGACGGGGACAUCGGAUUCAGCAAGGAAUACGAGUUCAUUCAAUCGGAGAGCGGCAAAUUCACAGCGGAGAAUUCCCAAUACGUGGAGAACAAAGCGAAGAACCGAUACUUGAACAUAUUAGCCUAUGAUCACACGCGAGUUCAGUUAUUGUCGUGUGGCGGAGGGCCGCCGAAGAAGGGUCACGAUUACGUGAACGCGAAUUACAUAGACGGUUGGCAACGUACUCGCGCGUACAUCGGUACGCAGGGUCCGUUGCCACCGACUUUCGAUGGAUUCUGGCGGAUGGUGUGGGAGCAGAGAGUAUCGAUCAUCGUUAUGAUUACGAAUCUCGUUGAACGUGGUCGCAAAAAAUGUGAUAUGUACUGGCCUAAGAAGGGAUCUGAGACGUACGGGUGUAUUCAAGUGACGUUACUGAGGGAGGACGUUAUGGCUACGUAUACCAUUCGUACUCUUCAAAUUCGUCACAUGAAGGUGAAGAAAAGGAAGAAUGGAGUUAACAUGGGAGAACGUAUAAUUUGGCAAUAUCAUUACACCGGAUGGCCUGAUCACGGGGUACCCGAACAUCCGUUACCCGUUUUAAGCUUCAUCCGAAAAUCUUCCAACGCUAAUCCUCCGGAUGCCGGGCCUAUCGUUGUUCAUUGCAGCGCUGGCGUUGGCCGCACGGGUACCUACAUUGUUAUCGAUGCCAUGCUGAAGCAGGCUAAGUGCAAGAACGAAGUGAACGUGUUUGGAUUUCUAAAGCACAUUCGUACACAGAGAAACUUCUUGGUUCAGACCGAGGAACAAUAUGUGUUCAUUCAUCACGCUUUGCAAGAGGCUAUUGAAAGCGGCGAAACCAAUAUCGAGGAAAACAAUCUAUUAGAAUAUGUGCAAGACAUGUUGAGUCCCAACAACGCCAAUACCGAUGCGUGGAACAACCUUGAAGCUCAGUACAAGCUGGUGACCUCGUGGAAACCGAAAGAAUUCAAUCUCGUGUCCGCGAUUAAACCGUGCAAUCUUCAUAAAAAUCGCAAUCAAGACGUAAUUUCGAUCGAAACGGCUCGCGUUCACUUGACGCCGAAGCCCGGGAUCGAUGGGAGCGAUUACAUCAACGCUACAUGGAUUGCUGGCUUCCAUCGCAAUCGUGAGUUCAUCAUCAGCCAACACCCAAUGGAAAAUACAAUAAUGGAAUUCUGGCAGAUGAUGUGGGAUUACAACGCGCAAACUGUAGUUAUGUUAACCGAAUGCGACGAGGAGUAUCCCGAAUUUUGGCCUACCGAGGGAAAAGAUUUAGAGUCGGAGACUUUUCGGGUACGAUCGUGCGGAAUCAAGGAAACAGCGAGUGGAAUGAUACUGCGCGAAGUGGCGGUCCGAUCUCUGCAAGACGAUUACGAAUUGAGUGCCAAAAUCGUGCAAGGACCGCGGUCCCAGCCAGGCUUCUGGCCGCACAACGCUAACCCGCGACCCCUCGUAACAUUGAUCCACGAUUUACAUCGGGAUUACCAGAACGGCCCUAUCGUCGUAAUGGACAGGUUCGGUGGUGUCGAGGCUGCGAUCUUCAUUUUGCUCACGACGUUGAACAAGCAACUGGAGUUCGAGAAGAGUGCCGAUAUUUACAUGUUCGCGAAAUUGUUGUACAUGAAGCGACCCGGAGUAUUUCGAUCAAAGGAGGAUUACGCGUUGCUGUACCAAUGUUUGGAAACUAUGCUGUCGUCGAAAGCUCACGACGAGCCGGAUCUAUACUCGAUGGCGAACGGCCACGUGUCCACGAUAACGGAUCCGGCGGACGUGGCCACCUCGUCGAUGCAACACAUGCAGAUGGACUAUUCCCCGAAAUCGACGAUGAUCAGGGAAUACGCGACGGUCGAAGUGAACUCUAUGUCCGACUAUUCUAUCCCGAUUCGAGUGGACCACUCGAUGGAACCGUGCAGUAGCAGAAGCAGCGAUAGCUGUAUGUUCACGCACACGGGGAACGAGCACGAGAAAAACAUCGUGAUGACCCAUAGGAACGUAAGCUAUCACAAUCAUCCGGGCAGUGUCUCAGUUAUUGUUGACGCGAACGGUUACGUGACGAACGGCAGCAUGCGUAUGAGACCAGAGGGAAUGGAGUCGAGCUGUAAGAUGUUACCUCAAUGAUGCCUGCCGAUCUUCGGUUGCAGUGUUUCCUCGAACCGGUCUGAGCCGCUGUAACCGAUCGAGCUCCUCACUGCCCGAAGUGUAAUCCUGAAAUUCUGUGAGUAUCUUCCUCCUCCCAUCUCGUCUCCAUCCCUUCGCGUACAACCGUGUCUUGUAUCAAGCCUCUUCCAAAUUGUAUAUGUUAUAAUUAUUUCUUUGUCUCUCUGUGAAUUCGCGUACAGGCCACAGCGCAAGGAGUUCCAAAUUGGACACGUCUUCGCACAAACGGAAUAACGGCUAUUCGAUCGUGGGAUCAGCCUAAAGAGGAUUCUCUCUCAUUUAUACUGUAAAUAAUAAAUCGUUAGGUAUAGGCGCGUGUACGCGUACGCUCUCGAGGAUGUCGGAGAGGGUGCGCGUACACGUAAACAAUAAAAAGAAAUGACGAGGGUUCCCGUUUCUCGGUGUCGUUGGGUGCCAAAAACCAUUUUGUUAACGCACGCCACCAUGGGGCAUCCUCGUUUAACUUCGUUCAUCGAGUGUGAGUCUACACUUCUCUCGUUUUUUUUGUAUGUACAUACACCGACACACACACACCGUUCGCUCGCAUACGUGCACACUUACAUAAUCACUUACUCGCACACACUUACGCAUACACGCGACACUUCACCGGCGACCAUACAUCGUGUAAAUACGCGUGUAUAUUUAAAUUUACACGCGUAAUAUGCGUACUAAUAUGCAAGUUGGAUCAUUCGACCACUUCUUUACCAAAGAAUCGUUUAUACUCGUUGUUCUCGUUUCGUUUUAAGUCCUUCCCUGUAAAGCGGUUUUAUCGAGCAAGAUCGAGCGAUCGAACGCGGGACAAUCGUGCACGUUUUUCUCUUGUCGUCGUCAAUUUGUGAAUCUACGCGAUAAGAAGACACAUCGCGUCGAGUUUUGACGAAUUUUCACCCCUCUGUCUCUUUUCGUCGCAGCGAAUAUGCAAUGUCACAAGGAAUUGAGGAUUCAAAAAAAAAAAAAAAAAAUAUUGUAAACGCGUCGUCGUGCCUCCAUUCGAUUUUCUCGAGGUUUAUUACGAAAUAUUAAUAGCGGGAAACAAGGGAAAACGUUUAGAGAAAAAGAAGAAAAGAAAGAAAGAAAGAAAGGAAAAAUAUCGAAACAAUUAUAGAGAAUCAUGCGAAGCGCGAUGCAAUCAAACUCGUUCAAUUAUUUGCGAGCAUUUAUUAUAUACGAUUAAUCAUGAUCGAUGAGAAUGGUAAUAAACCGUGAUGAAUCGUGGUUCAAUCGCUGUUAAAUUAACUCGAUUAAAAAUAGUUAACAGCUUGCGAACGUGAAAUCUGUUUUUACGUACGUUUCGUGUCUGCGCGCGAGUAAGAGAAAGAGAGAAUGAAAAUGAAAGAGAGAGAGAGAGAGAGCAAACGUGAUCUAUCUAUCUAUCUUCCCUUUUAAUUAAUUAAUGUCGUAAUCCACUUUCUAACGUGUAACAUUCGAAUUAAACGAAACGUGAAAGAUGUAUCGCAGCAAAGAUAAAGUGUAGGUAGAAUUUUCUCGCGUGAAUUUUGUCGCGCGUGAAGUUUCGUUGCCCUGUGCAAUUUUUGUCCGAUCGAACGGCGACGGCUAUUCGAGACGUUCGAUAAUUAACGAGAUUAAUUUCCAAUCCUCAAAAAUCCCCGCUCCGGUGAUAUCGGAGAUAAUCUAGAUCAGUAUAUCAACGACGAUUCAGCAACUUUUAUACAAUUAAUGCUGUUCAAAAUCAUGUGAUCCAGUGAGACUUUUUUUUAUUGUGAUAUAAAAGAAAAACAAAAAAAAAAAAGAAAGAAAAAAUGAAAAAGAGAGGGAGAAAAAAAAUAGAAAAACACAAAAAUUUGGACACCUUGUUGUACCCGAGUAUAUUAUUCUGGCUACGAGUUCCUUUGCCGCGCGAUCAUUUUUCUAUCGAAUCUACCAUCCGUAAGACUGUUUUCUCACCUAAAAUUCUUAUAUAGUCUUGUACCGUACAAUUAAGACAACGUGAUACGGAAACGAAAACUGCCUGCGACAUCUUCGAUCCAUCUACUAUGCGUGUUUUUCUACCGUCUUAUAUAUAUACAUAUGUAUGUAUAUAUAUAUAUAUAUCGUGACUAAUCGUUGACGAACGAUCAAUCGUCCUUCGUUUUUACCUUUUACUGCUGAUUAAUGAAUCGACGACGUGGAAGAUUAUUAACAAAAAGGAGGAAAAAAAAGAAAAAAAACAUAAGGAAAAAAUUAAAAAAAAGAAAAAAAAAGAGAGAGAGAGAAGAAGAAAUUAUAUGUGUGUGCAUGUACAUAUAUGUAAUCGUGUCCAUUUUGAUAAGGCGUAUGUAACGUAUGUAAUCCAGGACUGAACGAUCUUUUUAAAUUCGUCAUCGGUUUUUUUAACUCGAUGUUAAUAUAACCUAUUUAACUACGUAAAAGCUUGCUUCUUCCUUCGGUCCGAAUCGACGCGAUGAAAAACGAGGAACCAAAUGUCUUUUUUUUUACUGGCGAAGCCAGUUUAUCGUCACUUAUGUUUUAUUGAAAUUAUUCGAAGACAUUUAUUCUUUAAAAAAAAAAAAAAAAUUUAAUCGCGCAACACGAUUGAAACAAAAUUGAUUCGAGGAAUCCGAAGGAAGAUUAAAAUAAAAUUUAAGAUUUAAGUAUAGUUCGCGUGUCGGAAAGAUAGGAGAUAAUGAUUAUUAAAAAUAUUGAAAUCUAAAUUCGGCGAAUUGUAUUUUUCUUUUUUUUUUUUUUUUUUUCUAACUUUCGGACACGUUUCGAAGAGCGAAGCUAAGAAACAUAAUUAACGAAACGUAAUUAGCGCAAAGAGAGAAGAGAGAGGGGUAUAAGAACAAUAAAAGAGAGAAAACGAUUGUACGACGUUCGAUUUCCCGAUCUUUCGCUUUUCUUCUUUUCUUCCAUCACCGCGAAUAUUUUUUUCGUUAAGAGAAUUCGAUCGUUAGACGUUCGUUCAUGAUUUUCACCGAUACAAGAUCGCGAGUCGAGUCUAGUAUCGUUUCGAUAGACAAAGGAACGUUGGUCGAUGAUUCAUUCAACCGAGCGAGCAUAACCGCUUCGAGCCUUGCGAUGGAAGAAGGCUUCUGACGAAUCAGAGAAACCGAGCCGACGUCCAGUUUCGAGCAGCAUCGUAAUUAAUUCACGGGUACUCGCGAUCGAAGACUGUUCGUCUCCCUCUUGUUAAAUAAACGGGGCGUGAAUUAUUCGAGGGAAAGAAAAUAUCUCGGCCGAGUAUUCGUCACGAAAAUUGAUCGAUAGAGAGGGAACGAAUGGUGGUCGCUUCUCUCGCGUAUGUAUUACCCGUUGAAAUAAAAGCACAGAUAAACGCGAGAAGCUCGAGCUGGACAGAAACAACACGAUGUCUUCCUCCUCGUGAGCGUAGGAUGGGGAGGCAUCGCGAAAGUAGAUAAUUCCUCUGGACCGAUUGAACCAGCGAAUCCCUCCCUACGACGAGAAAAAGCUAAAUAUGUCUGUACAAUACGCGAAUAAUAAUAAUAAUAAUAUUAAUAAUAAUAAUAAUAAUAUUAAUAUUAAUAAUAAUAAUAGUAAUAAUAAUAUUAAUAAUAUUAACAAUAAUAAUAAUAUUAAUAAUAAUAAUAAUAAUAAUAAUAAUAGUAAUAAUGUAAUAUCGGUUUCGUUAUUGUAAUUAGGGAUAAAUUAGAACACGAGAAUAAUAAUAUUGUUGACUCGUGCAAAGACGUGUCUGGAUGCCAAUUAUACACCGUAUAUACAUAUAGAUAUGCACAUUGUACACAAAACCACGGAUGCAUAUUGUAAAACCGAUUGUAAAAGUCCAUAGAGGAUGAACGAUGACGAGCUCACUUGGUCUUAGCCUCUUUUAGCAGUAAAAUGAUUAUAGCGCACCACCGAAUCAACCGACUGUUGUUAAUUGCUUAAAACGAGCGAGUAAGGAUCACACGACAAAACGCAUAAACGUAUACAUAAAGAGAGAUAAAAAAAAAAUAUAUAUAUAUAUAUAAAUAAAUAUAUAUAUAUAUAUAAAUAUAUAAAUAUAAAUACAAAUAUAAAUAUAUAAAUAUAUAUAUAUAUUAUAUUCAGAUAUUUAUAAUAUGAGUGAAAACUAUGCAUUGUAGUUGCCACGCGAGAUACCGUAAUUGGCAUGCAUGCACGCGCGUUUCCACGGGUGUUCUCGAGAAUUGGCCGUGUGAUAGUUUUGUGGGCAAAACUCGCGUGGACACCGUCAUUCCAAGUCCCUCCUAUCGCGGCACACGGAGGAAAAUUGAAAAGGAUAGAAAAAAAAAAAAGAAAAAAAAUGAAAAAAAAAAAGGAAAAAAAAGAAAAGAAACAAUCGAUCGAAAAUAAAUUUUCUUCCCUUGCAUGUUGCCACGGUACCUCGUCGAAUGGCAUCGAAUACGAAUCUGUACUGUAUUUUACGAUAAGCACCGUAAAUUCUGAGUGUACCUAUACGGAUACAAAAGAAUGAUAUAUAAAAAUGUGCAGAGAAAGAGAAAGAGAGAAAGAGAGAGAGAGAGAGAAUGCGAGUGCGCGUGUGCGUGAGAAAGUAAAUAGGAGCGUGCAACGAAGAGGGAUGCGUGUAUAUCGAUCGAUCCUCGAACUUGGUAUCGGUUCGAUGCAUCGUUUAUACAUAUAUAAAUAUUAUACAUAUUAAUUCGGAGGAUAACGGAGAUAGGUGUGUAUAGAAGAAUAAUUUAGACUCUAGUCAGCAUAACACAAUCGUAAUCGACGACGCACACGUUUUUCUUGUUCAUUUCGGUUUCCGUUCUUACAUUGUCACGGGAGAACGCGUUGUUCGCAUCGCGUUCCCAUCGUUGUUUCUCUGUACUCGACGCGUUCGGGUUUUUCCACACUUAGGGACGAGUUGUAAUGUAAAACGCGUGGCUGCGUUUACGGCUGUUCGUUUGCUCGGAGGGGGUGCGUUGGCGCGGUGAGGGUCUCGUAUAUUGUGACGUGUUCGUUACUACGUAAUCGUCGUUAAUUGUUCCCUAAUCUUAUCUUUAAUUUCUUUUCUCUUUCUUUCUUUCUUUUUCUUUUUUUUUUGUAAUUAUACCUUCGCACUUCUUAUCGAUAAUUAAAAUUAAUUAAUUCCUUACACGUAAUAAAUGCUAAAACCCUUACAAUCAAGUUUUUGCAUUGGCUUUCGUUGACUUAUUUCUCGUCUCGAUUCUGUAUAAAUUCGAUUAUACAUAAAAACCAAGCGACGAGAUCGAUUGGAUGAAAAUCGAUCGUGAUGAAUCGUUUCUCGAACGACGCGAUGAACUGACUGCAGACGCAGCCAUCGAAAGAAUCCGAUAGAAAGAUAAAUAUACGUUCGAGGGUAAUGUAUAAAAAAAAAAAAAAAAGAAGAAGGAGCGCGAAGCACGCGUAUCGAAGGCCUACUACCACUAAACUUUGACACGUGAUCGAGGGAUUUUUUUUUUUUUUAAAGAAUCGGAUAUGGUAACGAGCAAAGAAAAGUCGAACGCUUGAUCGUACAGUCCGACCAAAAAGCCAUUAGAAAAUUAGCGGGUACGAAAAUAUCAUCGGUUAUGUCAGUUAGAUCGGUAAUUUUCGAGUCGAACAUGAUGUCACGUUAUUCGUAUUAGAGAAUCCGCGCGCGGGGAACGUACAACGUCGCACACUAAGACUGCAACAAGUAAACGAAUUAAGAAAGAAAAAAAGAAAAGAAAAAAAAAAAAAAAAGAAA